UUCAUAAACAACAAAUUAGUUCCAAUUGACAAACCAAGGGAAACAAACAAUAAUCGUGUUGUUGCUACCUUUGAGUUGAAUUACCGUAACCAUGUAAGAGAUCUGGUUGCAAUGUCAAUUGCAACGUGGUAGGAAGACAGUGGCAGUCCCGUGUUUGACAACUCAGAAAGACAUUUUCAGUUCUUAGAAUUUUUCAUUACGUUAACGUACAAAAUUCCUUAAACACGUUUCAGAUCUACCUUUCCAUGCUAAGAAUCACUGCAUUCUAAUUUAUACGUCAUUGUUUUACAUCAACAUUCAUAAUCAACACAAAUAUUAUGUUGAAUUUCCAAUAGGUGAUGUGCUUGUGGAGAUUAGAUAGAAAGAAUAACAUCAUGGGUUCUGAAAAUUGGAUGAAAAGUGCACAUGAUCAAAAACAACCUCUCUUUUCGUUCGGAUUGAUAUCCGAUGUGCAAUAUGGUGAUAUUCCGGAUGGUCAUUCGUUCCUCGGGGUUCCUCGUUACUAUAGGCAUAGUCUUCUUGUGUUACAAAGAGCAGUUCAGAGUUGGAAUAAUCAUAAGAGGCAUAAAUUUGUUAUAAAUUGUGGAGAUAUUGUUGACGGGUUUUGUCCGAAAGAUCAAUCUUUUGAUACUGUAAAGAAAAUUUCCGGUGAAUUUGAGAAAUUCCAAGGACAGGUACAUCAUUUAAUUGGAAAUCACUGUCUAUAUAAUCUACCUCGCAACAAGUUGCUUCCGUUGUUGAAGAUUCGUAGUCCAGAAGGCCAUGGUUACUACGAUUUUUCGCCUGUGCCUGAAUAUAGAUUUGUUUUCCUCGACGGAUAUGAUAUAAGUGCGAUUGGUUGGCCUCGUGAUCAUCCGAGAACAUUGGAAGCUAUGAGAUUACUCAGGGAGAAGAAUCCGAAUGAAGAUAAGAAUAGUCCAACCGGUUUAGUUGGACUUGAAAGAAGGUUUCUUAUGUUCAACGGAGGCGUUGGAAAGGAACAAAUGGAAUGGUUGAAUAAUGUUCUUCAAGAUGCAACGAAAUCGAAACAGAAAGUCGUGGUUUGUUGUCAUAUGCCUCUAGAUCCUGUCGCGUCGUCUAAGGAAGCAUUGUUGUGGAAUUAUGAUGAAGUGAUGAGUUUGAUACAUAGAUAUAGUUGUGUGAAGGUUUGUUUUUAUGGUCAUGAUCAUAAAGGUGGAUACUCCAUUGAUUCACAUGGUAUUCAUCAUAGAAUUCUUGAAGCUGCAUUGGAAUGUCCUCCUGGUAGAGAUGCAUUUGGAUAUGUUGAAGCUUAUCAUGACAGAAUAUCACUUUAUGGCACUGACAGAAUGCCAAGUACAAAUAUGUAUUUUAAUAAUGUUUAGAUGUGACCAAAUGGUUGCUCUUACUUAUUAUGUCGUCUGUGUUGGUUCUGUAGUGACGAGAAUUGAUUCUGAUUGAAUUGAUUGUGUAAAA